UCUGAUUUAUCAUCCUUUAUCAUUUUCUGUUCAUUGAGUAGCUGAAUCAUCCGAAAACUGUUUUGCCUCCUCAAAAUCAGAAAGUACUCAACAACUGGAAUUGUCAAGCUGAAGCUGAAGAUGGCGAGCGAGGGGAAUACCCAAAUCUACCACGAGCGCCAGAAGCUUCAGUUUUGCCUCUUACACGCCCUCAACAAUCUCUUCCAGCAAAAAGAUGCGUUUUCUCGACCAAGAUUGAAUGAGAUUGCUGAAAGACUUGGCGUGGAAGAAACCAACAAGGAAACAUGGACACCCUUAUCUGUGCUCUUCAAACCCCAUCAUAAUGCACUUACUGGAAACUAUGACAUUAAUGUGCUAAUUGCCGCUUUAGAAGAUAAGGGGAAGAAUGUAGUUUGGCAUGAUCGUCGCAAGGGGGCAAAUACAAUUGAUCUAGAUGGGGCUGAAGAUGCUUUGAUGGGUAUUCUGCUUAAUGUUCCGGUUAAGAGAUUUGCGGGGCUGUGGAAAAGUAGGCAUUGGGUUACGUUGAGGAAGAUUGAUGGGGUUUGGUAUGAUUUGGAUAGUGAUCUUGUUGUUCCUCAGGCCUUCGAAGACAGUGGAAGAGUUAGAGAGUUCUUGGAUUACAUCAUUGGUCAUGGUGGAGAGGUUUUGCUUAUUAUGAAUAAUGAACAGAUCACAUUAUAUGCUUGCUCUACGUGCAAGAAACUGCUUUCACAAGGACGGAUUGGCAUUAGUGAGAAAGCUGCCAAUUAGCUAAAGUUCAUUUUUUGGUUACUGCUUGAAAUAUUUCUCACCCGUCCCAAUCCUCCUUUUGGCAUAUCCUUUUGACCUUCUUCUACCCUUGUGCUUUACAUUAGCUAUAAAGUU